GCUGCUGAUUAGGGAGAGUGAGAGAGAAGAAGAAGAAGAAGACGUGGACAUUUAUGUGAAGUGGACUUUAAGAGGAGAAGAGAGAGGUUCCUGCAGGAGGAAGAAGAACAUCAAGGCGCUGCCAUGAUUUUCUCUCUGGCCGCAGCAAAAGCCAUGAGCGGUGGCGGCGACGGCAGCGGCCUCAACAGCUCGUCCCCCCUCGACCCGUUCGACUCCACCUGGAACCUCGGCGAAGAUCCGUCCAACUCCUCCGUGGAGCCCGUCACGCGAACUCUGAUACCCGACCUACAGCCGGCGACCACCGUCGUGGCCGUCCAGGAAGUCAGCCCCUGGGAUAUUGCGCUGUGUGUGACCGGGACACUCAUCUCCUGCGAGAACGCUCUGGUGAUCGCCGUGCUGUUCUACACGCCCACACUGCGGGCCCCUAUGUUCAUCCUGAUCGGAUCGCUGGCAGUGGCGGACCUGUUCGCGGGCCUCGGCCUCAUCUUGAACUUUGUCUUCACGUACAUGGUGGACAACUCGGUGGAGUUUGUGAUGCUGCUGUCAGUCGGACUCCUCAUCUCGGCCUUCUCGGCGUCCGUCCUGAACAUUCUCGCCAUCACGGUGGACCGCUACCUGUCGCUGUACAACGCCCUGACUUACCACACCGAGCGGACGGUCACCUUCACCUACGUGAUGGUGGCGUGCAUCUGGGUGUUGUGUCUCGCGCUCGGCUUGCUGCCCGCGCUCGGCUGGAACUGCUUGAGAGACGAGUCCGCAUGCAGUGUUUGCCGCCCCGUGACCAAGAACAAUGCCGUGGCGCUGGCGGUCACCUUCCUCCUGGUCUUUGCACUAAUGAUGCAGCUCUACCUUCAGAUCUGCAAGAUUGCCUUCCGCCACGCGCAGCAGAUCGCGGUGCAGCACCAGUUUGUGGCCAUCUCCACCACCAAAGGUGUCUCCACGCUGUCGGCCAUCCUGUGUGCCUUCGGGGUGUGCUGGCUUCCGUUUGCCAUGUACUCCAUCGUGGCGGACUCCAGCUACCCUGUGAUAUACACCUAUGCCACGGUGCUCCCGGCGACCUGCUGCUCCGUGAUCAACCCCAUCAUCUACGCGUUCCGGAACCCCGACAUUCAGAAGUCGCUGUGGAUGGCGUGCUGCGGGUGCAUCCCGUCCAACCUUUCCCUCAGACCCAGGACUUCCAGUGACGUGUAGCGUGGGAGAUUGUUUGUUUUUUGUUUGGCAUGACGGAAAACCGGCGAAAGGUUGGAAGGUUACAGCCAAGGAACGGCAUUCCUGGUGGCAAAUACCUCGCCUGGUCCACAGGGAGAAGGGAGGACAAAGAGAUAGAGCUAAUUCAAGACCAUGUCCUGUCCGCUUGAAGAAAACCAAAAGUGGUGUUUGAUAAGUUUGCCAACUGGGUCCUGGGUAGCACAUGCGAGUAUGAUGAUUUCUCCACAGGACCUUAGCUUGGGGAACACGGUGUGGUUAUGCAAUCAGAGGGAGUGAAGUGGUCUUAUUAUUAUAAUAAUAAUAAUAUUUAUUAUAAUAAUAAUAAUAAUAAUAUUAACAACAAGGUACAUGAUUUCACGAUGGUUGUAUUUUGACAAAGACGUGGAGCUACGUUACGGCAACGAUGAACUAGUGAACUACAUUUGCAGGCGUUUAUUUAUAGACAGUGAGUGAGAGAAUGACGAUGGUUGUGUAAAGGUUGUCGUUUAAGAAAAAAAAAAAAAGCUCAAUCAUACAUCGUCCCAAUCCGAUCUAAUCUAAUCUAAUCUGCCCGUGUCAUAAUGCAUAGGCGGACACCUGGAGUGGGUUUUCCAUAUUUAGGUCGACGUUGCUUGUCCUUGUGUGUGUGUGGGUGUGGGUGUGUAUGUGUGGGAAUAAAAUACGCCCCCUGCUGGAAAAAAAAAACUAGUUUCUGAGCCGCACCCCCUCCCACGAAAUCAUCCCCCCCCUGCUGUGACACUGAGAGAGAGAGAGAGAGAGAGGGAGAGGGAGAGAGAGAGAGAGAGCUGAAUUCAGCACCAAGGACAGCGCCACUGCAGAGCACUGCUACCCUGGGAACACUCACUGUGAGGAGGAGGAGGAGGAGGAGGAGGCUGGAAACUAGGCUACACUGUUCACUUAACACCACCCUGACACGGAUGUAGCAGUUAUCUGUCAUAUCUUAACGGUUUAGCGUUCAUUACCUAGAUUUAAAACCAGUUUCCUGCUGCAAGUUUAAAGGUCACACAUUCACGUCUACAUUUAGAAGAGGGAAAAAAGCAAAACUAACUAGACUGAUGUUGUUAUUGCAAACUUGAGGAUCCACUGAUACCAAUUUCAGUCCAGUGAAAGCUUUAGAAACAUAACGGUCAUCCCCGAAGUAAACAAAAUGUGUUCUUAUUUGGGUACAAUUAAAAGUCCACAAAUAAGAGGGCGUCUUAUAUGUGAAAAAGUCAUUUUAGGCUAAAUUUACGGACACUUUUUUUUUUUCCAGGAUCUUAAAUAAUUGACUGGAAUAAUCGAUAUCAACAGAUGAAUUUCAUUGAGCCACGUUAAAACAACACUGAGACUUUGAUUUUUCGUUUUCCUAAAAUAACUUUUUUGUUCACUGCAGUUUACAGUUACAAUUACUCCAUGAAUCGAUUAUUAAAUGUAUCGUCAACUAUUUUGAUAAUCGAUGAAUCGGUUUGAAUCGGGGUUUUUUUCAUGAUAAAACAUGGUUUUCUGAUUGUUUCAGCUUCUUAAAUGUGAAUAUUUUCUUUGUUUCUUUGCUCCUUAGAACAAAGAAAUCGGAAUAAUCUUGGCUUGUGGGCAAAAAACAAGACGUUUUGUAACAUCUUCUGACUUAAUGGUUAAAAGUAAGAGAACCGCCAAGAGUUGGAGCUCUAGGAGCGCUGAGUAACCUCAGAGAGGAAGAUAGGAGUCGUUUAUUUAAAAUAAAACGCAGAAAAUCAUGAAAGAGCGAAACCAAAAAGUGUUGCAAUCCAGUAUCCCUCACCGAGAAGGUCCUGCUCCAUCCGAAUAACAUAAUAAACGAGUAACAUCACCUGUGAAUACGCCACUAAGCUCAGUCAAGUGUCCUGCAGCGCGGGGGAAAUGACCACUCACUGUCUGUCUGUGUGUGUGUGUGUGUGUGUGUGUGUGUGUGUGUGCUGGAAUCAUAGCCAUUUGUAAUCAACCACCGUUUAAAAUGAACUCACUGCAAACACAGACCCAUGCAGACCGACUUUGUCCAUCACUUCACACAAAAGGGAAAGAAAGAGAGAAAGAAAAAAAAAACAACAAUAAAUAGAGUGUGCGUUAUUUUUCUUACACGAUGCUGUAAAAUAAUGUUAUUUUUGUAACUUUCAUCAGGGUAUGAGUCACAGCACGCGGCCGCUGCUUCCUAUAAAUAAAAGUCAAACAUUACUUUGUGAGGAAAGAGAGAGAAAAAAGAGAUGAGAUGCUGAGAGAGAGAGAGAGAGAGAGAGAGAGAGAGCCAUACUUUUCCAAUGUAGUGUACUUAUUAUUAGGUUUGUGUGUGUUUCUGACCCCAAACCCUGUAACUUUGGUUUUUCUUGCUGUGGGAAAUGAGACGUGAUGCGGUUUCUGUUCCCGCGGCGAUAAAAGACAACAGAGAGACGGGGGAGACGCCGCUCGAGCAGCGUUGUGUAAGACAGCGCUGCACAGUCAGACUGCACGUGACGUCACUUUGAGUCGUGUCGAUGGAAGCAGGUUGUUUUUCCGCUUUCUCACUCCUCCUCCUCCACAUCGUCGUGACAGACAAAUCUCUUAUUCUUUCACGUAUCACCAUCCCUUUUCCCUCCAUUUUCCCCCCUCCCUCCAUUCAUUCAUUCUUUCUUUC